GAACGAAGAUGGAGCUCGUCUGGUCCAGGCCUGUUAUCUCCUCCAUCUCCCGCAAAUUUUUUGUGUCUGCGAGCCCACCAGAAAAUGGCUGCAGCAUCUAGCUUUGAUCCACAAUCCGUGUUGAAGCUCGACGGGUACCUUGAGCCAUUCAUCCCUGCCAUCGCUCACCGUCACGAGCGCUUUCAGAGGUGGAAGGAUGCCAUCGAUCAAUGUGAGGGCGGGUAUGAGAAAUUCACUAGAGGGUUCGAGAAGAUGGGCUUCAAUGUCAAAGAGGGUGGUGAAGUGGUCUACAGAGAGUGGGCACCGAAUGCAACAGAGGCACAUCUCAUCGGCGACUUCAACCAGUGGAAUAGAAUGACCCACCCGUUAAAAAAGAACGACUUUGGUGUUUGGGAAAUCACACUUCCUCCCAAGGCUCCUGGGGUAUGCGCUAUACCUCAUGACUCCAAGGUUAAAAUCUCCAUGAUCACUCCCUCUGGUGCUCGUAUCGAACGUAUUCCUGCUUGGAUUCAACGUGUCACCCAAGAUUUGUCCUUCUCUCCUGCAUAUGAAGGGCGUUUCUGGAACCCCUCUGCAUCGGAGCGAUAUCAGUUUAAAAACUCUCGUCCACCGCAACCAAGAGCGAUAAGAAUAUACGAAGCCCAUGUUGGAAUUUCUACGGCUGAACACCGCAUCGGCACCUACAAAGAGUUCAUGAAAGAUACGCUUCCGAGGAUUCACGCUCUGGGUUACAACACCAUCCAGUUGAUGGCUAUCAUGGAGCACCCAUACUAUGCAUCAUUUGGCUAUCAAGUGACCAGCUUCUUUGCUGCAAGCUCUCGGUAUGGCACUCCUGAGGAACUUAGAGAGCUUGUCGACACUGCUCACGGCAUGGGUAUCACCGUCCUUCUGGACGUUGUGCAUUCACAUGCCUGUAAAAACGUCCUUGAUGGCCUUAACGCAUUUGAUGGAACGGAUCACCUCUACUUCCACGAAGGCAGCAAAGGACGUCAUGAGCAAUGGGACAGCAGGCUCUUCAACUAUGGGAGCCACGAAGUUCUGAGAUUUUUACUGAGUAAUCUACGCUUCUAUAUGGAGGAGUACCAGUUUGAUGGCUUCCGGUUUGACGGUGUUACGAGUAUGAUGUAUGUUCAUCAUGGUAUCGGAACGGGUUUCUCUGGUGGCUACCAUGAGUACUUUGGUCCUGGGGCAGAUGAGGAGGCUAUUGUGUACCUUAUGCUGGCUAAUGAUGCGAUGCAUGCUCUUUAUCCGUCUGUUAUUACGAUCGCGGAAGACGUCUCAGGCAUGCCUCUGCUUUGCAUCCCCGUAUCUCAAGGGGGUGUUGGAUUUGACUACCGCUUAUCAAUGGCCAUCCCGGACAUGUGGAUAAAACUACUGAAGCACAAGACCGACGACGAAUGGGAUAUGGGUGAUAUCGUGCACACCCUGACAAACCGACGGCACGGCGAGAAGAGUGUUGCGUACGCUGAAAGUCACGACCAAGCCCUUGUGGGAGACAAGACUUUGGCUUUCUGGUUAAUGGACAAAGAAAUGUAUACGCACAUGUCGGACUUGACACCGAUGACUCCCAUUGUUGCGCGAGGUCUUGCUUUACAUAAAAUGAUCCGUCUCCUGGUUCACUCGCUCGGCGGAGAAGGCUACCUGAAUUUCGAAGGCAACGAAUUUGGACACCCCGAGUGGCUUGACUUCCCUCGAGAAGGAAAUAACAACUCCUUCCAGCAUGCCAGGAGGCAGUGGAAUAUUGUAGACGACCAACACCUUCGGUACCGAUACCUGAACAACUUCGAUGCUGCGAUAAACCACUUGGAAGAGGUAUACAAAUGGCUAUCAGCUCCUCAGGCAUACGUCUCUCUCAAACACGGAGGUGACAUGAUGAUUGCCUAUGAACGCUCUGGCCUUCUUUUUGUUUUCAACUUCCACCCCACGAAGUCCUUCACGGAUUACCGCGUUGGCGUUGAGGAAGCAGGGGAAUAUCACAUCAUUCUUACCAGUGAUGAAAAGAAAUUCGGCGGAUUUGAGAAUGUUACACAUGGCGGCAAGUUCCCUACAACACCGAUGGAGUGGAAUGGGAGGAAAAAUUGGUUGCAGGUCUAUAUACCAUCCAGGACUUGCUUGGUGCUGGGGAAAUAAAACAGUUGGUUUAUCACAUGAAGCCGUUUUCGAACGCAGGCUGCAGAAUUUUAUAUGACGACUCAUCUAUAAACUAUGGCUGUCGAAUCUUACUCGUGUUCAAUUCCUGUUCUCUAUGUCUAUGUCUACUGCAACAUCUCACGUGGAAUUCUUUUGAUCACAAGUGGGUCCAGAAAUAGACUCCUUAUUCGCACCAUGUAUCAAGUGACUAUAGUAGCAAAUGAAGUUUAGCCACUUCUCACCGAGUCUUA